AGGGAGGGAAGAGAGUUGGCCCGUACGUAGAGGUUUGAUUCUGUAGCGUACCGUACACGUACACCAUGUAACUUAGAUAACCUUAGAAUUAGCUUAACUUACCUUUUGUUUUCUGUUUUUUAUCGUGGAUGUACUACGACUCCCUACCAUCCUUACCACUCUCUUUCUUAGGACUCGUCACUAUUAUGAAGAAUACUGCACAAAAUAGAGAGGAAAUCACGUCACGAUUUUCGCUACUAUUGGAAGCAUAAGCUGCUCCAAGUGCUCGGCCACUUAGCGUCGGCGUCUGUAAGCGUGCUUGUAUCGCAACUCUUUACGCACAUCUCAAAGCACAAAUUUGCUCGAAGAGUUGCUCGUAUAUCGAAAGUACUCCAAAUUCUUGAGGUUCCACUGUAAUUCGCCGAUUCGAUCUGCUCGAACUGACCAUAGGCGGCAAUGCUAGAAUAAAAUGGACGAGUUUAACGUGGGUGAAAACAGUUGUAGUUAAACAAAAUAUGUGUUUGUCCUGUUAUUUUUAAUUUGUUUGGGGUUGGAGUCUUGAAAAUUUCCUUAUGAACUAAAGCGGGGCCCAGCAGAGAAAGUUUGGGAACCACUGGUUUUAAAACAUUAACAACAUAAUUCUUAUUGUACUUCAGUACUUCGGGUUAUCUGAGCUGAAAAACAAAAAUGAACUGAAAUAUUAUUACAGUAGUAAAAACAUGCCUAAAAAAAAGGGCCACAUUGGUUGAGAGUUCCAGGGUGAUGAAAGCUGUGUGUUAAGGGCUCUGGCAUUUGUUGACAUGAGUUUAAUGAGAUCCAUGGGGGCUGAAGCAACCAGAUAAAAAAAAGGAGACCACAGAGACAGAAAGGUUAACUUUGCGCAACUCAGCUUGGUGUAAUCUAGUCCAGGUGACAUGUUGCUGCAGUCUCUACAUCCCUUUUAUCAUCUGCUUGCAUAAGCUCCGUAAGAUUCAUAAGCCGUCGUCUCCCAAUCGCAGUUCCGAUGGAGGACACAUCCAAUGUCACCUACAUCACUUUUGAAGGACACGUGGACGUGCAGAAAUACAGAUAUGUUUACUUUGUCGUCAUGCUGACGUGCUACGUUCUCAUCGUCUGUUGCAAUUCCACCAUCGUGUGUCUGAUUGUGACACGCCGAAACCUGCACCAGCCGAUGUACAUUUUUAUCGCGGCUCUGUUAACCAACUCUGUUCUUUGCAGCACCGUGAUUCAUCCCAAGCUGCUCAUCGACUUCCUGUCUCCACAACAAAUCACUACAUUUACAAACUGUGUGUUCCAGGGUGGUUUUUAUUACAUUUUCUCCACCUCGGAGUUUUUACUUUUGUCAGCCAUGGCCUAUGACAGGUACGCGUCCAUAUGCAAACCUCUGCAGUAUCACAGCAUCAUGAGAAGAUCCACCGUCGUAGUCCUUCUGCUUUUAGCGUGGCUUCUUCCGGCCUGUGAACUGACCGUUUCGAUUGUUCUGUAUUUUAAUGUCAAAAUCUGUCAUUUUUCACUGAACGGACUUUUCUGCAACACAGCCAUUUACACUCUGCAGUGUGUCAGCUCCACAACGAUGUCCGUAUACGGAGUGGUCAUCUUACUGACCAUCUGUCUGCUUCCCUUUCUCUUCAUCCUCUUCACGUACACCAGAAUUUUCAUAAUCUCCUACAGAAGUACCAAAAAAGUGCGGACUAAAGCUGUUCAGACCUGUUUACCUCACCUGCUGGUUUUAAUCAACCUCUCCUGUUUCAUAACAUACGAUGUCAUCGUGGUCAGAAUGGGUGCAAAUUUACCAAAACUGGUGAGCAUGAUUCUGACCUUCCAGAUUACUAUAAGUCAUCCCCUGCUCAAUCCUUUCAUUUACGGGCUAAAGAUGAAAGAAAUCGCCAAACCCCUCAAACUUCUUUUAUUUUCUCUUAGAUCUCACUGAGAAAGUCAUGGUGGAAAUAAUAAAUGUUCAUUCGAAAUGUCAUCUUUUUUAAAGGUGUUGUCCAGUGAGGUUUUGAACAAACUUCUUAUACCUUCAAUACAUCCAACCUUUCAUCUGUGAAAAAAAAAACAUAUUUAAUUACAUCACUGUUUAAGAUACAACCAUUAGGUGUCCUAAUCUAAGUUUACAAUUUGUUUUGAUAGAUAGAGACAAACAACUGGUCUUCCUCGAAGAAAACUCAACCAUUAAUCUCCUCUCACCUUCGUUUCUUGAGAAUGUUAUUGUUAAGAUGCUGCUCUUAUUGAUGAUGUCUGUGAUAUAUUCUAAAAAGAAAAUAAAAAAAAUAAUAUUUCAAAUC